AAAAAAUGCAAAUGCUAGGCGCGACCCCAGGGUUGCCGAUGCCGCGACAGCGCCGAUGGCUCUUUCUCCUUGUCGUGUUGCUGUGCGCAUGCAAUACGCAUGGUGAGGCUACGGCAACAUCGUCACCUAUCUCAUCUUCACCACCUCGAAAACCCCAUACGACUAAGAUCGCCACCACAACCACCACACAGGUGCCAGCAACGACAAGGACGACCUCGUCGCCCACCACUACUCCUCCGCUCGUCACCACAAAAACGAUAGCUACACCUGCCGAAACAUUAUUGGGUCCUCUGGCGUUGGACAACUUGGCCGCUUCCACGACGACGGUAAGCCCAACCCACGCCGGCCUCGACCAAUUGGAGGAACAACUCCACUUGAUGGAGGAACUGGAAGCGUCGGUGGUCGCGGGUCUGAACAACAUGGACUCGCUGCUGUCCAGCGGGAAGAAGCCUGGGUCUGUGUUAAACUCGCGCCUGAAGAGCAACCUCAUGGAAGUGCGGCUGAACUUGCACAAACUGGCGGCGAACUUGAACUUGACGUUGAACCAAUUGGAUUCCGUCGAAAAGGACACAGAGGUCAAGGAGAAACAGUUGGAGGAGGUGCUUCAGAAACAAGCGGCCGACGAGAACGCGCACGAACUGGAAGCGCGAGGCGCCGACGCCGUCGACUACGAGUCCGGACGGCUCAAGAACACGUCAAACAUGGUGAAUUUGUCCGAUGCGCAGCGACAACAGUUUGAAAAAGUCAAAAACCAAGCCGACCCGGCGGUAUUGCAUUACGAUUUUGGGCUAUUGGGGCAGAUUGCGCUCUUGUUUGGCGUGUCUGCCGUGGGGGGCAUCCUCUCGACCUCCAUCAACUUGCCCCCCACGGUGGGCUACUUGGUCGGGGGUGCCGUCGUGGGUCCGUCCGGCCUCGGCCUCGUGCACCAUUUUAAAGAAGUCGAAACGAUUUCCCUAUUUGGAACGAUCUUUUUGCUUUUCGCGCACGGUGCCGAGUAUUCUGUCCAUCGAUCAACGGACGAAGUGUUCAAACUGUACUUGGUCAGUGGCAUGGUCUACGUAGCAUGCACGAUUGUAUGCGUGUCGUUCUUGGCUGUCAUGCUGGGAUGGACAAUCUCCCUGUCAGAAGGUAUCAUUGUGGGCGUGGGGGUGUGCUUUACGUCCACGGCACCCCUUUCCGAGUACAUUCGCACGUACAACAUUCGCCACACUUCGUUUGGCAAGCUCGUGUCGGCGAUCAUUGCGAUCCAAGACAUCUUGAUGAGUUUUGUGAUGGCGACGCCCGACUGGUUUGCCGCGAAGCCCAAGGGAACGUGGGUGUCUGUUGCCGUGUGCAAAACGUUCGUCGCCUAUGCCGUCGUGGUAUUGUUUACCAUGGGCAUGCAUCGGUAUGUCGUGCCGUCGUUGCUCGAGUUUCUCGUGUCGAUGGAGAAAUUGCACCACUCGCCGCUCGUGUUGCUCGGGAUUGUGUCCGUGUGUCUGUUCAUGUCACUAUUCACCGAGUCGGUGGGGCUGUCGUUGGAGUGCGGGGCAUUCUUUGCUGGCUUAGCGUUCCAAGGCGCGAGCAACCUCAAGGCGACACUGUCCUCCAUUCGAGUGCUAGACAACUUGUUUGGGAGCAUGUUCUUUGCCUGCAUCGGCAUGAUCCUGAAUCCGGCGUUUCUGCUUCGGAACUGCGGCACGGUGUGUGGCAUGAUGCUAUGCGUGUGCACGAUCAAGGUGACGUUCGUGACGAGUAUCAUGUGGUUUUUCCGCAUUCCGCUUCAAAAGUCCAUUAAGGCCGCCAUGAGUUUGUGCCAGGUGGGCGAAGUCGCGCUCAUUUUCAUGAUCAAAGCGCACGCUACGCAGCUCGUGUCGAGGUCGCUGUACCUGCAGUUCCUAGCCGCCACGUCCGUGUUUCUCGGCCUCGCUCCCCUCCUCCACCGGAACCUGAACGAACUCAACACGUUCCACUUUGCCUCGGUGGUUAAGAAGAAGUCCGAGUUUGAUAGCCACGAUGAUGAUGACGACGACGGGGACUCGGCCUUGUUGACCGUGCUCCCAUCGCAUAAGCGACAUAAUGUAGAGCAUUGACGAGGUCGUACUGUUGCU